UUGUUAUCGGAGCUACAAUCUGCAAACAAUGCACGGAGUACUUCUUACCACAGGUCUAUGCCUGCUGCUCAACUUCAAUCCCAGCACCACUGCUCCAGCAGGGAACGUCUGUGAAGGCAAAAAUGGACUUUAUGCCAACCCAGAUGACCCACAUAGCUUUUUUAACUGUGACUGGGGUCAUGGCUCUCUGAUGUAUUGUCCUGGAGAUCUGGUCUUUUACGAAUCGUGCCCCUGCUGUGACUAUGUCGACAAGCAUCACUACUACGACAAGACUACCACCACCACCACCAAAAACACCGGAACCACCACCACCUCCACCAAAGCCCCCAAUGUCUGCGAAGGCAAAAAUGGCCGUUUUGCCAACCCAGAUGACCCACACACCUUUUUUAACUGUGACUGGGGUCAUGGCUCUCUGAUGUAUUGUCCUGAAUAUCUGAUCUUUUACGAAGCGUGCGACUGCUGUGACUAUGUCAAAGACCCUUGGCACCUAAGGACUACCACCACCACCACCAAAAACACCGGACCCACCACCACCACCACCAAAGCCCCCAAUGUCUGCGAAGGCAAAAAUGGCCGUUUUGCCAACCCAGAUGACCCACACACCUUUUUUAACUGUGACUGGGGUCAUGGCUCUCUGAUGUAUUGUCCUGAAUAUCUGAUCUUUUACGAAGCGUGCGACUGCUGUGACUAUGUCAAAGACCCUUGGCACCUAAGGACUACCACCACCACCACCAAAAACACCGGACCCACCACCACCACCACCAAAGCCGUCAAUGUCUGCGAAGGCAAAAAUGGACUUUAUGCCAUCGAAAAUGAACCACACUGCUUUUUAAACUGUGACUGGGGUCGUGGCGGUCUGUUGAAGUGUCCUCAUGAUCUGGUGUUUUACAAAUCGUGCAACUGCUGUGACUAUGCCGUCGACCCUUGGCACCUACAGCCUCACUACCAAAACACCGGAACCACCAGCAUAGUUGCAAAGAACGUCUGUGAAGGCAAAAAUGGCCGUUAUGCCAACCCAGAUGACCCACACACCUUUUUUAACUGUGACUGGAGUCAUGGCGCUCUGAUGUAUUGUCCUUCAGAUCUGGUCUUUUACGAAUCGUGCGACUGCUGUGACCACGUCGGCAAGCAUCAUUACUAACAUGACCGUUAUGCCAACCCAGAUGACCCACACAGCUUUUUUAACUGUGACUGGGAUGUUGGCGCUCUGAUGGAUUGUCCUGAAUAUCUGGGACUGCUGUACCUAUCUCUAACACAAUCUAAUGGAAAUAUACUGGUCACAUUUAAACAGUGAGUUUAUCUCAGGUUAAGUGGAUUGGGAUUGUUCUGUUUCUAGUUUAUUGAUUUAAAGGUAUAAUUUAACAGUUUCCACUUCUACAUCCAAUCAAAAACGUUUUAAAAUUAUAUCAUUGCAUUAUAUAUUUGAUUAAGUUGAAAUGUUAAUAAAAUUACACUAAAUUAAAAUCUUGUGUCCUACAUCAUUGAACCAC